AUGGUGUAUGCGGCACCUGCUGAGUCGCCCAAGCAGACCCAGCAGCCCCAGCAGCCCAUGGUGUAUGCAGCACCUGCCGAGUCGCCCAAGCAGACCCAGCAGUCCCCGCAGCCCCAGCAGCCCAUGAUCUAUGCAGCACCUCCCUCCGCUGGCCCUACACAGUCCACUCCAGCUGUCUAUGCGGCGCCUGCUCCGUCAACAGUUGCUCCGAUGUCUCAGCCAGCUCCUCAGUCAAUGACAUAUGCUCCACCGGUCCAAUAUGCGGCACCCCAGCAGGCUGCGCCAGUGCAGGCCGCGCCAGUGUCCUCCGUAUCUGCCGUUCAGCCGGCCACGUAUUCCACAGCCCCAGUGUCCUCAGUGUCUGCUGUUCAGCCAGGCCCAGUGUCCUCAGUGUCUGCUGUUCAGCCAGCCCCUGCGACCUACUCGGCUCCUCAGUACAGCCCGCAGCCAGCAACCUACGCGGCUCCGCAGCCCAUGCAGUACUCAGCGCCGGCCCAGACAACAUACGCAGUGCCACAGGCAGCACCUGCUCCCAUGUUUGCGCAGUAUGACACCAACAAUGAUGGGAUGAUCUCCCGGCAGGAGUUCAUGACGUACACCACCGCUCCGCCACAGUACAUGACUGCUCCAGCGGAGUACUCCUCUGCCCCGGCGACUUACUCGGCUGCCCCUGCGCAGUACAUGACUGCUCCAGCAGAGUGCUCGUCUGCCCCUGCACAGUACAUGACUGCUCCAGCAGAGUACUCGUCUGCCCCUGCACAGUACAUGACUGCUCCAGCGGAACCUGCGCAGUACAUGACUGUUCCAGCAGACUACUCCUCUGCCCCGGUGCAGUACUCCUCUGCCCCAGUGCAGUAUGGUGCUCCUGCAGACUACUCCUCUGCCCCCGUGCAGUACUCUUCUGCCCCAGUGCAGUAUGGUGCUCCGGCUGACUACUCCGCUGCCCCAGUGCAGUACUCUUCUGCCCCAGUGCAGUACGGUGCUCCGGCUGACUACUCCGCUGCCCCAGUGCAGUACUCCUCUGCCCCAGUGCAGUAUGGUGCUCCGGCUGACUACUCCUCUGCCCCAGUGCAGUACUCCUCUGCCCCAGUGCAGUACUCUUCUGCCCCAGUGCAGUAUGGUGCUCCGGCAGACUACUCCUCUGCCCCAGUGCAGUACACCUCUGCCCCAGUGCAGUAUGGUGCUCCGGCUGACUACUCCUCUGCCCCAGUGCAGUACUCUUCUGCCCCAGUGCAGUAUGGUGCUCCGGCAGACUACUCCUCUGCGCCAGUGCAGUACUCUUCUGCCCCAGUGCAGUACUCAGCUGCUCCAGCGACUUAUUCCGCAGCGCCCGGACAGUACUCCUCUGCCCCAGUGCAGUACUCCUCUGCCCCAGCGCAGUACUCCUCGGCGCCGGUUCAGUACUCCACUGCCCCAGCGACCUAUUCCGCAGCGCCCGGACAGUACUCAUCUGCACCCGUGCAAACCGGUGCACAGCCGGGCGACCUUUUCGCCCAGAUGGACGCGGAUGGCGACGGCACCCUCUCCAGGGAAGAGUUCGCUGCAGCUAUGGGCGGCCGUUGA